AUGGCAUCAGACCAUCCUUCAUCACCGCCCGCAGGGCCCUCCACCGAACCCGAUAUCAUGAACGACCCCGCCUAUGAUCCGAACAAGCCGUCUGCAAAGGCCCCCGAUGAGCCAGACGUGUGCAGGGUCUGCAGGGGCGAAGGCACAGAGGAAGAGCCGUUGUUCUACCCUUGCAAGUGCAGCGGUAGCAUCAAAUUCGUCCAUCAGGACUGUCUGAUGCAGUGGCUGUCGCACUCCCAGAAGAAACACUGCGAGCUAUGCAAGACUCCCUUCAGGUUCACCAAGCUCUACCAUCCACAUAUGCCUAGCAGCCUGCCGACGACUGUGUUCCUUCGAAGAGCGCUGAUCCACAUGUUCGGACACAUCGCUGCAUGGAGCCGGGGCUUGCUGGUUGUCGCUGUCUGGCUGCUGUGGCUACCGUGGUGCAUGCGCAUCGUCUGGCGAAGUCUGUUCUGGCUCGGUGAUGCAGGCUGGGUGCGGGACGUACGGGCAGCACAGGUUGCCAGCGGACAACCUCUUUCCGAGUUACUCGCUCCUGAAUCACCCAUGAGCUUGAAUUUGUCAAGCAAUAUCACGGGACUUCCAUCGUUACGAUCUUUUCUAAGGCCUUACUCCCAGACGCUGAACAUGAGUGCGGGGGAGCCGACCGCGUUCACCUUUGUCAAGCAGUUCUUUAUCGGUUACCCACAAUGGCUUAACCAUUACGGCUCUGAUUUGGGCUCGAUCGAUGCCAAUUCCACCACCGGCGCGCUGCUCGCACGCAAACAUUCUUCGCUUCUGUCAGAAAUAUCCUUCUUCAGCUCCAUAUCGUCAUCGCCCCUACUGAACCGGUUGAUCCUCGACGUGUUGGAAGGCCAGAUUAUUACGCUCUUUGUAGUGGUUGCCUUCAUACUCAUAUUUCUCAUCCGUGAGUGGGUGGUGCAGCAACAGCCGGCGAUCAAUCUGGCUGCACUCAACGCAGGUGAUGCUCCGCAAGUUGCAGAGGCGCCUGCGGAACCAAUUCCAGCAGAGGGAGAUAACCACGGCGUAGCAGCGCAAGCCGAGAAUGAAGGAGACGAGGCGCAAUCACAGGCGGAAUCUGGGGGCGUUGAACAAGGACAGCAACCGACAGACUCCUCGGAGGCUCGACCAGGAACAGUAAACACGGCUUCUGACGGCUCUCAACAACCAAGCGGUAGAGAUGACGCGGCUCCGGCAGCAUCGGCUUCUGGCAUGCAACCUGAAGACCGAGACAAUGUUGUAUCGGUAGAGUUGAUGAAGUUGAUGCAUGCACUACCGCCCGACCUCCGCGACGCCAUACGUCAAGGUCUCACAGACUCACAACUCGCUGAUAUCGUCGAUCGGGGAGGUCCAGAAGAACGUGUAUGGUUCGACGGUGUCAAGAGGAUCAUGACAGCGAGAGGUCUAGCGCCAUCCGAGUCAGAGUUAAGCCAGCUUGCUAAAGAGGGACCCAGUGUACCAGCGGGUAGUAACACUACCGCCCCAGUCGUUGGCGAUGGUCAAGACCACAUUGCAGAACAGCAGCGGACCCGCGUUGAAUCGCCCUCCAGACCAAGCAUGCCAACAAGAGAAAAGUCGUUCCUGGCGACCGGAAUCCAGCGGGGCCUUGAGGAAGAUACGCUAAGCUCGGGUGUGGGAAACUCUCUACCGGAGACGGUCGAAGUCGAUCGGAACAGUGAGGGGAGCUGGCAAGACGUGUCACAGUCAGAUGACGACAGUGAUGAUGAAGAAGUCAACCGGACAUCAGAUGAAGUCAAGAACAAGGGGAAGGGGAAGGCAGAUGUCGCUCAAGCCAUGAAGUAUGGGAGCGUCAGCGAGUUACUCGAAGCCUCAGCCCGAAACGCGACGUCUUACGCCGGAUUGUACUCCGAUUCGGAUGGUUCAAGCGACGAGCUGAACGGCAGAGAACAUACUCCUGAGCUUAGGGAGCACAGGAUGACAGUGCACACUGAAGAUUCUUCGUCGUCUCCAACACAACGUAGUGUUGAAGCCCAACAUGCAUCCCAUGGCGGACUCGAUGAUGGGAAUCGUGACACGGCCGCGGAUAGUUCUGCACAUCCUACACAUGACAGCACUCUGCCCAGCCCUACCCCGCUCGACUCUGUUCCUGCGGCGACCCAAGAGCAGGAGCUACGAGCGGAUGAGGUUAUGCACAUGCAGCAAAACCCAACACAACAGCCUCAUGUACCGCAUCCAGGCUUCCUCGAUCAACUGCUCGACUGGCUGUGGGGCGAUGUCGCUCCCGGAGAAGAUGAAGAUGCUCGGCUUGCACCGAACGACGAGCAUAUAGUACAGGACAUUGCCGAUGAAGCACCGUUCGUCGCCUUAGAACGUCCAGCAGCGCUCGACGGCGCGGCGGAUUUUGCAGAUGGCCCUGCUCAGGACCCAGAGGUUGCAGCUGCUGCUGCUCAAGCUGGCAUCGACAUCAACGACCAGGAUGCUAUAGAAGACGCAGAAGAUCUCGAGGGCAUUCUCGAGCUGAUCGGCAUGCAAGGUCCUAUCUUGGGCCUCUUCCAGAACGCCAUGUUCAGUGCAGUUCUGAUCUCAGUGUCGGUCGCUGGAGCUGUUUGGCUUCCAUACAUGCUCGGCAAAGCCGCGCUGAUCGUGUUGGGCAAUCCAGCUGUCGUGGUGAAAUUGCCGCUUCAGGUCAUUUCUGCCAGCGCGGACUUCAUUCUUGACGUGUGUCUGUUCUCUGCUGCAGCGCUUUCCUACGGCUUGACACUUGCGCUCCGUCCUUUGGCACCACAUCUGACACAUCUCAUGUCACUAUUUUCAGAGGGUACUUCAAUUGAUACCAUCGCUGAGUCGCUCAAAACGGCCGCUGAGACUGCCUUUCUGCGCACGUUUAGGACCAUUAACGCAGCUAGCGCAAGCCUCAGUCUGGACCUCCUUGAGCUGUCUCUCAAGUCUCACACAGCCUUGCGAGCGGUCCAGAGCCAAGCAUCAUACGGCAUGGAGCUUGUCGUCCAAACCGCAUUGUUCUUCUUUAGAAACCUCGACGCUUGCACUCCGCAACAUGUAGUCCGUGAGUUUCUGGUCAGAAUACCGCAAGCGAUUCAGGCGGUAAACGCGUUUGUGUUUUCCAUGAUGUUCGAGCUGGGAUAUAUGCUUGGGCCGUUGAAGGCAUUGAAGAGUCUCUCGCCCCAGCGUGCUAUCGUUCUUGCUGCCAAGGAAAGGAUCACUCUAGAUCCUUCUUUAGGAUUCUGGAGCGCUACAGAUCGAUCCUUUGCAGUGUUUGCAGGCUAUACCAGCAUUGCUUUGGCAGGCGCUGGGUACCUGAGGCUCGGCAGACCCAUCACCAACUCGCAGCAGGGUAGGAAGAUCGAAGACAUCCUAUCCGACAUUCUGCAGCAAGCCGGAGGCGUGUUGAAGGUCAUUUUGAUCAUCAGCAUCGAGAUGCUAGCCUUUCCUCUCUAUUGCGGCCUUCUACUCGACGCCGCACUUCUACCAGUAUUCGAGAAUGCGUCCUUCAUUUCCAGGUUUGAGUUUACCAUGAGAUCCCCUUGGACCUCGGCAUUCGUCCACUGGUUUGUCGGGACAUGCUACAUGUUCCACUUCGCGCUCUUCGUCACAAUGUGCCGCAAGAUUAUGCGCCGGGGUGUCCUCUACUUCAUCCGCGACCCAGACGACCCAACUUUCCACCCCGUUCGCGACGUCCUCGAGCGCAGUGUCGUGUCGCAGCUCAGGAAGAUCGCGUUCAGCGCCCUCGUCUACGGUGCGCUCGUCAUCGUCUGUCUUGGUGGCGUGGUGUGGAGCCUCCACUACGCAGCCAGCAGCGUCCUCCCGAUACACUGGGUAUCAAACGACCCUGCUCUGGAGUUUCCCCUGGACUUACUCUUCUUCAACUUCCUCACGCCUCUCGUCAUCAAGAUCUUCAAACCCGCGGAUGGCCUCAACACAAUGUACGAGUGGUGGUUCCGGAAAUGCGCGCGUAUUCUUCGGCUGUCUCAAUUCCUGUUUGGCGAAAGGCAGCCUGACGAAGAAGGUCACCAUGUACGAAGAACCUGGUCCACUUGGUUGCAGGGGAAACAGGGCAACGUCGACGAGCCCGUCAUCGGCGAAGACCGCAAGCUGCUCGCGGAUGAUCGGGAACAAGAGGUCUACUUCCUAUGGGACGGCAGAUAUGUCAGGGCGCCAGCUUCGGACCAAGUCAGGAUACCCAAAGGCGAGCCAGUCUUCGUGGAAGUAGAUGCGAACAACCGAAGAAAAGACGGCAAGGAUGAGUACAGCGGCGUCCACGCCCGCAAAUCCGACAUGACAACCAUGAUCUACGUCCCGCCAUGGUUCCGCGCCCGCAUCGCCCUGUUCGUCCUAACCAUCUGGGCCUUCGCUGCCGCCACAGGCGUGGGCUGCACCAUCGUCCCGUUACUUUUCGGCCGCGCGAUCCUCUCCUACCUAGUCCCACCCAGCGUGCGCAUCAACGACAUCUACGCCUACUCCGUCGGCAGCUACAUCCUGGGCAGCAUCGCCUACAUCACCACGCGCCACCGUACUCUCCUCACCCACCUCACCGCCCUAACCGGCCGCCCAACCACCUCGGCCCGCCUAACCCUCACCCUCGUCGCAACAGGCACUUCCCGCGCUCUCCGCAUCCUCUACGUCUACACAACCCUCCUAGUGCUCCUCCCGCUCGCCUUCGCCCUCCUGCUGGAGUUCUACCUCCUCAUCCCACUUCAUGCUUAUCUCGCGCCCAACCAAACCCACAUCAUCCACCUGAUCCAGGACUGGACGCUCGGCUUCCUCUACGCGCGCAUCGCGGCCCGCAUCCUGCUCUUCGACCGCACAUCGCGCCCGGCCCGCGCCCUCCGCGCCGUCGUCAGGGACGGCUACCUCAACCCGGACGCGCGGCUCGCGACGCGCGGCUUCGUCCUGCCCCUCUGCCUCCUCUUCACCGCCGCAAUCUGCUCACCGUGGCUGCUGGCAACAGCGCUCAACAAGAGCUACUUCGCGGCCGCGGACCAGGAGGCGCGCAAGCGGCUCUACAGGAUGGCGUAUCCGGCGCUUCUGGCGCUGGCGGUCGGCGCUUGGGCCGUGUGGGGCCUGGUCAGGGCGACGGCGCGGUGGAGGGCCAGGAUCAGGGAUGAGGUUUAUCUCAUUGGCGAGAGGUUGCAUAAUUUUGGCGAGAGGAAGCCGCCGCCUGGGGCUGCGGUGUUGAGGCGGGGUGGGGAGGGUGGGGUGGUUGUUAGGGGGCUGUGA